AUGACUGCCAAUGUCGCCAAGUACUGGGCCGACUACCAAGAUCAAAAGAAUUGUUCAGAUUCCAAGGAAAAUUUGGAAUCCUAUAUAGAAACAGUGCUUGAAGCCAUCAAGAAUGAAAGAACAUUUCAGAGAAAGACCAGACGAUCAAAGAUGGACGGUAUCUUUCAAGAAACUAUCGAAUGGAUCAACAACAACCAAAGCGCUACCAAUCAAGAGUUUGUUGACAAGUUUAAGGAUCUUGAUCAACUCAUCAGCCCAAUCCUUCAACGAGCCAGUGAAAAUACAAAUGAUAUUGUUGAAGAAGAAGAAGUUGAUAUAUAA